CAUUAGAGUACAUGUUUGUGUAUCAGUUACUGUCUCCUGUGGUCAACUAUCAACCACAUAACAAGCUCUGCCCUGGCCACUCAUUACCUCCUGACAGCAAUAAACCCAACACACCCUGAGCUACCAUGGGCGAAAGGUUAAACCAUAAAAAUACUCUUCAUCUGAAAAAGCAUACAAAAGAGCACCAACACACCCAGGUGGUAAAUGAGGCCAGAGCCCAGCACUCACCUGAUUGGCUCUUGGUUUGGCAAGUGAUGUCAUCACUCCGGAGGGCUGACCACUUAGUAAUAAAACAUUGCACAGAUAAGGGUCAUCAACUCCUUAACGUCAGCAGAAGAGAAGAACAACAGCACCUGAGACGGCUCGCACACAAAGCAGAGACUCUUUUAAAGAAGCACGGCGUGACGAAGUGAAACUCCAGGAUUCAGACCUUUCUUUUCUCUGGAAAAUAAAAAAGGAAUAAGAACAGACGGAGAGAGAGCAAGAAGAGAGGAAGGACGAAUACAGAAGCUUUCAGUCUAAAGAAGGAGGCCUGUUUCAGUUCACCAUGGUCUCUUUUGGACUUGAACUUGUUGGCGUCAUCUUGUCAGUGCUUGGCUGGGUGCUGGCGGUGACCAGCUGUGCACUGCCAAUGUGGAAGGUCUCCGCGUAUAUCGGCGCCAACAUUGUAACGGCUCAGGAGUACUGGGAGGGGCUGUGGAUGAGCUGUGUGUUCCAGAGCACAGGCCAGAUGCAGUGCAAGGUCUAUGACUCCAUGCUGGCUUUACCCCCAGAUCUGCAGGCUGCAAGGGCCCUCACAGUCGUCGCCAUCAUUGUCGGGGUGGUGGCUCUGCUCAUCGCUAUGGUCGGAGCAAAGUGCACCAACUGUAUCGAAGAAGAAGGGGUCAAAGCCAGGGUGAUGGCUGCCUCAGGUGGGGGGUUCAUAACAGCAGCUCUGGCUGAGUUGGUGCCUGUCUCCUGGUCCGCACACACCAUCAUACUCGAGUUUUACAGUCCGAUCAUCCCGACUGGUCAGAAGAUGGAGAUCGGGGCAGCGCUGUACCUGGGCUGGGCUGCUGCUGCUCUGCUGCUGAUUGGAGGGUCCAUCCUGUGCUGCAGCUGCCCUCCACAGGAGGAAAAACCGAUGCGGUACAGCAUUCACCCCCAAAGCAGGGUGGCAUACUCAGCUGCACCAAGAUCAGUCGCCCAGAGCUCCUACAACAGGAGGGACUAUGUGUGAGAGGACAGGAUCUGCAUCCUGCUAUCAUGACGUGCACAGAGAGAUAGCUAAGUAAUAAUCACGUUGGUUUAAAAGGAACCAAGUGUCCACUAGAGAAGAGAGAAGACAGAAAGAGACAGAAGCUCUGUUUUGUGUUCGAUGGCACUGCUGACAACAACCAUCUAAAGGUCUCGGGAAGAGAGCAACAAGGUUUAACAAGAUCUGGACCAAUGUGGUGAGAGGACUU